AUGAUCACCGUCGCGGCGAAGAGCGCUCGAGCGCCCGCGCGCGUCGCGCGCAAGGCGAACGACGCGAGAGGUCGAGAGGUUGUUCGACGCGCCUUGGUGCGAACGGCCGCCAUAGGGGUGAGCGCGGAGCAGGAGGCGGAGAACCAGACGCGGGUGAAGGUCCUGAGCGAGGCGCUCCCGUACCUGCAGCGCUUCUCCGGGCAAACCGUGGUGGUGAAGUACGGCGGGGCGGCGAUGAAGAACGAGACGCUCAAGGCGGCGGUGAUUCGGGAUCUGGUUUUAUUGUCCACGGUGGGCAUCCGACCGGUUCUCGUGCACGGCGGUGGGCCGGAGAUCAACGCGAUGUUGGAAAAGGUUGGGAUCGAGCCCAAGUUCUUGAAUGGCUUGCGCGUGACGGACGCGGCGACGAUGGAAGUGGUGGAACAAAUUCUCACGGGCAAGGUGAACAAGAGUUUGGUGAGCCUUAUCUCCGUCGCGGGCGGCAGGGCGGUCGGAAUCUGCGGCAAGGAUGGGAACUUGUUGCGCGGUAAGGUGAAGAACGAGGAACUGGGUUUCGUCGGCGACGUAACGCAAGUAGAUACCUCGCUCAUUCGCGAGCUCGUGAACGCAGGAUAUAUCCCCGUCGUCGCCACGGUCGCUAUGGACGCUCAAGGACAGGCGUUGAACGUGAACGCAGAUACCGCCGCCGGAGCCAUUGCGGCCAAGCUCGGCGCCGAGAAGCUCAUCCUCAUGACGGACGUCCCGGGCGUGUGCACAGACAAGGACGAUCCGAACACGCUCAUCCGCGAGCUCACAAUGGAGGAGACGCACAAAGCGAUCGCCGGCGGCGUCAUCGCGGGCGGUAUGAUCCCUAAGGUGGAGUGCUGCAUGAAUAGCAUCACCAAUGGGGUGAAGAGCGCGCACAUCAUCGACGGCCGCGCGAAGCACAGCUUGUUGCUCGAAAUCCUCACCGACGAAGGCGUGGGUACGGUCAUCACGGAGGAUGUCAUCGCGGUGUGA